UGGCUAUGUCACAGCCUUCAAUGAUAACUGAAGUUUCAUAAUAAAAGAUAUGAUGUGAAUAAUCGGGGGAGACGAUGUAUUUUAAUUGGUUUUGCCUUGUCCGUUAAUAGUAAGAGGUGGAAAUACCAUGAUUAACAGAAACAAGCUUUAUUAGAGAGAAACGUAUCAUGAGUUGUUUGAACAGAAUAUUCUUUGUUGUCCUUACAGUGUUCGUAGGCUGCACACAUGCAAGCGCUCCAUAUCCCAGCUAUUCCGGUCCUUCCUACAGGGGUAUAUCCGAAGAUUACCUUGGCAGUGUCUGUAGAUUACGUGUUGUUGACGAUAAUCAAUGGGAUAUUUUAACAGUUAGACCUGCUAAUGAUAUAACAGCACAAUAUUUCAAUAUUGUUCCGGAAGGGUAUGGAAAUGAUUUCUGGGUAAAUGUAACAGUUAGGAAACCUUUGGACAUAGAAACACUGGGAUCCAUGGUGAAGCUCAAACUUUCAAUUACAGACACGGAGUUAAAUAUGGCACUGUUUGAUUUCACAGUAUACAUUAUGGAUGUAAAUGACAACAGUCCAGAGUUUCAAAACUUGCCGUACACGUUAGAAAUGCCUGAGUUACCGUGUAAGAAGUCCUCAGUGGUUUAUACGAAUAUACAUGCAAUUGAUACAGAUAGAGGAGCAAAUGGUAGAGUUCGGUUUAUGAUGGAGGUAGGUAUAACACCUUUCGUCAUUUUCUUGCUUUCGUAUUAUAUUCAUUAUUGUAUUUUACUCGACACUUUCUGAAUCUAUCCAUGUUAAGUCUUAUUUUUGGAAACGAGAUCAGUGUGUCACAUUC